GCACAUCACAAAAUGACAUCUCCAGCGAUAAUAGAAACUUUGAAAAGUUUUAAUCUCGAGGACAAACUAAAAUUCGACAUUUCAAAAUCAAAGUACGGAGUUUGUGGUACGCUAUGUCAGCAAAGGAAAUGUAGAGAGAAAGAAGAUGCAUUCUGGGCAGUUUAUUUCAUAUCACCAUCUCAAUGGCGUAACUUACAGAACUCUACACGGAUGAUUGAUAAUUGUCUUUUGAAAAAGGAUUAUUCAAAAGAAUUCGUAAUAAGCAACAACGGACAGAAAUUGAUAGCACUAGCAGAGAGUAAUGAUAAUCAAUUCGUUCGAUUUAUUGUAUUGGGUGAUAAUGGUGAACUCGAUUCAAAGAAAUCAAUGACCAUUUCAGCAGACGCUUGGGGUAAACUGAAAUUGCAUUCUUCCUCAAUCUCAAGUCUACUUCCAGAAAAGAGAUAUUUUUCUGAUGAAUCCAGUCGCAAACAAAACCAAGAGAAGAGAAUGUCCCAUAGAUAUCGGUGCAUAAGUAAUGGAAAAAAUGGGCAAUUGACUGGAGCCUGGUAUUUUCUAAGAUCUCAAGCUGUGAAUAACUUGAACAAAGAAAACGCAACCAAUGCUCAAAUUCAGAAACAACUCAUUGAAAUGCCAUCCAAUGAGGAUAUACUGAAGCAAUGCUUUUUACACAUGCUCUGCAUUCGAAUAAACGAACUAUCACUCAACAGACCGGAUUGUGAAGGUUGCAAAAUUGACCAUCCCAGCCAACUACAGGGGUUACGUUGCUCAAGAAGAAGAUGUGCGCUUACGAAUGGAGACAUAUGGAUCUGGUUUCGAUGGAUACUUCAACAUCAAGUCAACCUAGUACGCACGGUGCUGAGAAUAGCAGUAGCGAUGAAGAAUCAGUCAUUAUUUGGACAGCAAAUCCGCCUAGAUUGGCUACAUUUAUAUGCAAGGACUGUGAUCGAGAUUGUGGAUCGCGAAUAGGUUUACACAGUCAUAUGCGUGUACAUAUUUGACAUGAACACUAUCAGUAACUGACAGUUUAAGCCCUCCUUUGCUUAAUUAACUAUUACAAAAGACUGUAAUAUUAAAUAAAUACAUUUGCAUCAUCUAG